CAGUUUCUUCGCUCAGAAGCUUUCGUUUUGAGAGAGCGCUGGGUUUGAUCGAAACUUCGCAGACGAUUGGCUCGAGAUUCAAAGUCUCUGUCAGCAUGGCAUUCCGGUACUCUUUGCUCCUUUCGGUCAUGUGUCUCCUCGCUGUUCACCAAGCAGUUGCUGAUGAAAAAAAACAGGCUGUUCUCAGGAACUCUGGUUGGAAAUCGCAUGGAUCUCACGAGUUCAAAUUCUUUGGCUUCAAAAGUACAUGGGAGGAGGCUGAGAAAACCUGUUUGCGGAACGACGCACAUCUGGCUUCAGUGCAUGAUGAGAAUGAAGACAAUUUCAUUAAGCGUCUGAUUCACGCUCAUUCUAACAAGAACAUUGCAACGUGGCUCGGAGGCUACCGUAGUAAGACUGCUCGUGAUCGCUGGUACUGGACUGAUGGCUCUCAUUUUGACUUUGCUGAGUGGGCCCCAGGUGAGCCGAAUGGCUCCGGACAAUGUCUGCAGACCAACUACUAUGGAGCCUGGGAUGAUCUGGUUUGCUACUAUAAACGUCCUUUUGUCUGUGCUCGAAAGGCCAAAACUGGUGCUUUCAAAAGCCUGAUCUGAUCUGAACUGCUCCUUUGAGAACCCUUCUGCGUGUGA